UGCAUUUAGCCUAACUAGCUCCUUCAUUGCAUAUUGCAUUCUCACACAGAGAGAAAAAUGAAACACGAGAUAUUUUGUAUCACUAGUCUCGUAGUGCUGAGCUUCUUUGUUAUGAGUUCGUCGGCGUCUAGUGGUGGUGGAGGACGGAAGAUGGGGGCACCGGAGAAGAGUGGGAGUGGAUCAGGACAUGGUCCUAACUGGGAAUACAACUGGGGCUGGGGUUCAACACCAAAUAGCGGAUGGGGUUCGGGUUCGGGUUCUGGUAGGUCUCCACAUGGAUUUGGAAAGGGUUUUGGAUAUGGUUCUGGGUCCGGUUCUGGUUCAGGCUCCGGAUAUGGGUAUGGAACUGGAGGGGGUGGUGCUCAUGGUGGUGGAUACGGUUCUGGAAGUGGUUCUGGAGGAGCUUAUGGUGGUGGAUAUGGGUCUGGCUCUGGGAGUGAUCAUGGUGCUCGUGAUGGUGAAUAUGGUUAUGGAGGUGGGUAUGGGUUCGUGAGUGGAUCUGGACAUUCACCACCCCACGGAUGAAUUACUGAAACUAAGUUGGUUUAAUAUGGUAUGUAUUUAGGUUGGAUGUUGAGUUGUGCAAUGUUAGCCAACCUUAUGUUAUGUAUGUUGGUGUAUAGCUAGCAAGACCGCAAGUUGAAAGUGAACAAGUCCUUAUGCAGUUAUGCUUCUAGUACUAACUCAAUAAAACGUCAUCUGUACUGGUAUUGUAAUUUUAAUUUUUCAUGCUA